ACUAGGUUUGCUGGCAUAUUAGACUAGAAUCUUGAAUUGAUCAACUCUUUCAUUUUCUUACUAGAAAGAAGAGUAGAAUAUUAUUAAAUAAUCAAAAGAGAGUGAAUAAAAAAAGAAAUUCGUUAUAUGAUCCUCCUACAUCUAUAUAUAAACGUUGGUUUAUCAAGAAUACGCAAGAAAAACACUUCAAAUUGUUGAUUCAGCGUCAGAUUGGCCAGUCAAAACAAAACUUGGUGUUGGGUUUAGGAAGACCAACUACAUUUUAAAUGUAAGGUCAUAUAAGAUAUUAAGAUAACAUGGAAGUGUUACAUUUUUUUUUGUUAAAAGAUGACAAUUUCAUAUUGUUAAGAAUUUAAAAGAACUAUGAUGAUGAUAGGUAAUGAUAUUGCCUGAGCAACAUAAAACAUUGUUUGGCAGAUUGAUAACCGAAUAUUCCACCUCAGUUUUUAGUUUUUUUCGUUUUUUUUAACGCUGAUUAGGAUAUUACAAAGUUUUUUCGUUAUAAAAACGUAUAAAAUAUUUAAUUAAAAUUGCAAGCUUGUGGCCGACUUGGCCCUUGAAGAAAGAUGUAAGAAAUAAGAACUAACGACAGCCCCCGUGACACGGGCACGUAGUUGUUGUCCUUAUGCAAUUUCCCCCGAAGUUUCUGCCAGUGAUGAGAGUUGAUGCGAUCCAUAAUUAUGUAACGCGUAGUGCUUAGUAAUAUGGUCAUCUGACAAAUACUAUAGUAUUUUCCAUAAAUAAUAGUAAUAAAGUGUGCUGAAUUAUUUCGCGUUCAUAUGUACGUUAUUAGUAUAGGAUUAAAUACCAAUAGUUAUGGUUAUCGCAUCACAAUCGUACUAAUUCAUUAUUUCAUACGAUAUAGCUAUAAGACAACGGUUUCAACUGUAUUUGCCCACCGUAUCAUUUUCGAGAGUAUUUGAAAUUCGUCAAAUGGCUAUAGUUUAGUGGUUGUGAUUAAGUUCCGAAAUCAACUUUUAUUAGUUAUAUAUAUAUAUAUAAUAAUCGAUCUUAUCUUAAUUUUGAUUUUUGGCCCCUAAUUAACUCCGGAGAGAUUAGUUUGAAAGAAUGGCGUUUGACAUUGUUUGAAACAGGUCAUACUAUGGAUUAUUGGAUUCUAUUGAUGAUUGAGUUCUGAGGGAAACGAAGAUGAAUGUACCAGCUAUCAUCAUGUAACACAUAUUUAAUUAAUAUGUUUGCCAGGUUUUAAAACGGUUUUGGUUUGUUUAAAGUCACCUAUUAACCGCAGAGGACAGUUAACUUGAGGUUUUGUGUCUUCUACAGUAACUUUACUUAACUUGAUUUUAGAGAAGUUAUUCUUCCCUGAUAGAGUUAUAUUCAGACCGUUUUAAAAUUACACGAGAAGAUUAACAAAAUAAGCUUCUAUGAAAAUAUUAUAGCAAAUGAAUGGAAACAGAACUUUAAUUACUUUCAUAAUCAUCAUAAACAGUGUUUAUAGAAAAUUCAUCGCAAAUUUAGAAGAAUGUCAGCUGUAUUAGUCAAGCAACAUCCAGUUGUUGUUAGUGAUAUUGAACUAUAAGGUUUAGGUUUGUUUAGCUUUGAGCUCUAUUUAUUAAUCCGGUUAUCCUCAUAUAUAACAAAUUGUUUGGUUGGUUGAAUUUAAAUAAAAAACUAAGUCAUCCAUGCAUCUAUAGUUAGACAGACCUGACCACAUUCAACAUUAUAUAUAAACUCCAUAUCACAAAUUGAUCCAUGCAAGUCUCCAACGUCCAUCAAGUUGACCCACACAGGAAAAAAAAAAGAGAAGAAGAAAUAGUUUUCCUUGGGCAUUUCCCAAGUUUUCUUUUCUCUUCAACAAACUUUUUUUGUUGGCAUUUCUCAAAAGUGUUUGUUUCACAAUUUGUUUUAAAUCUAUAAAAAUGGGAAACUGUUUGGAUGGAGGAAACAACAUUGAAACAAUGGUACAAGAAGAUCAAGAAUUAAAGAAAGUUGACAACAGAAAGAACCGGAAAGUAAAGAUUGUUUUGAGAAGAGAUGAGCUAGAGAAACUCAUUCUCUUCCAUUUAAACGCUGGAAAAGGACAAAAAACUUUGGCCUCUUUAGGCGAUUUUCUCAAGGAGUUAGAGGCGGAAAGAUCUGCCGGUGGAGCCGCAGCAAAGGCGGUAGAAGAAGAGGAUGAGUCUUGCCGGAGAAGUAGAAAAUGGAGACCGUCGUUCGGCAGAAUCAUUGAAUGGCCUGAAGAAACACUUGCGUAAUCACUUCCUUAAUCCUUUUGAUCAUUAAGUGUCAAAUUGCAUAUCCUUGUGUUGCUUUAGAACAUUGUCAACAUGUAAUAGAAAUCUAAUUUUUAUUAAACUAGCCUUGACCAAAUGUGGUUAAGACUUUCUUUUUCAAUGUGAUAAGGAAGUACAUAGAUGGACGGAUAACCUAAUUUGAUGUGGUUUUGUGCAUCAAAUAAAGUCUAUCAACCACAUUAACUAGGUAUGACUGAACAUCAAUACUAUAUGGUGUGGGGUUGAUCAUUGUCUUGAUUAUUCAAUGCUACUAUACGUUCAAAGUUUCUUUGAGACAUACCCUACAACAAACAAUGCAUAACUGUGCGAAAAAUGAUGAAUACAUACGUCUUAUAAAAACUUGUAUCAUCAAAAUACAUACACAUGACGACUUGAUAGAUAAAUAGAUAUUACCCUAAAACUACAAAAAAAAAAUUAACGAGAAUAAAU